AAUGGCGUAGUUGCUGACACAGCACAGCGUGCAAAAUGGUCUAUAACCUUGAUAAUAAUUUAUCUAAGCUGCCAUUUAUCUAAGCUGCCAACUAGGCAAUGUCUCUGAUAAGAUAACACGCUCACAGAGGACAGCGCAAUUAACCCUAGGCACCUGAUACAUCAAGCUACCAGUCUAUGCCAUCUCACCAUUAUCUUGUGCUAGGGCUUGACGACUUCUGCUGUUUGGCUUUCUCGACCAGAGGUUUUAGCUGUUGCUUCUUUGCAAGCAUCUUCGUUGAACAGGAAAGGGAUGUAGUUGUGCUUCCUCCGAAUGUUUUUGGCCUUCCAAUUCUUGAACUUCUCUUCCUUCAUGAUGAUCUUCUGUGUGACGGUUUCAACUGCCGAUAUCACCUCCUUAAGCGACUUGCUCAAUGAUUCUGUGGCGGAAGUCUUGUUCAUCUCUUGCAAAAUUUGCUCCCUUCUCUUCUACAGUUACUCCAGCACAGUACACCUCUUUCCUGUUCUUUAUGGUGGACCUGAUCCCAUUCUGUGAGUAUCGCUCGAUCCUUUCUUGAAUAACUAGCUGCACCCACCGUCCAGUGGCGAAGCUUGAGCAAAUUUCAUGGGGGUGCAAUUGUUUUAUGGGCGCAUAGAUUUACCACCCGUAGCCAAUCAAGGUCAUCCGCACCACCGCACUGCCCAAGAUUCACAGGCCCUUCCUUCAGCUCAUCCAGCUCAUACAGGACACCUUCAAAAGGUAAAUAGCUGAUGAAAUGGUAAACAUCAUCAUCCUUAGUCGCAGCUCUCUGCUCAUCAGAAAUAAAUGACUCUGGCCUUGCAAAGCUGUUAUGAGUUGUCCAGAUUUUGAGGAAAUGCAAUCGGAACAACCGUGCAAGGUGGUGAACAGCUACUGGGUGCAGGUGAUGGGUAUACCGAUGGUGUAUCGUACUUUCCCAACAAUUUGGGCAGUGGGCAGUUUGCUGGGUACAUCUAUUGAUGUGGACAUGAAACACACCAGGCAGUUUGAGGUUGGUAGAGUUCAAGUUAUGAUUCUUGAUGCUAAUCUUAUUCCCAGCACGGUGGAGGUGGUAAUCGGGGAGGAAGUAUACCUUCUGUCCUUCCGGGUUGAAGAUGGGAAUGGGGGGCUUCGGCCUGAGACGGAUAAUGAUGAAAAGGGGUUUAACGAUGAUGAAGAUGACCUGUUGGGGGAUGAUGAUGGUAAUGAUCUCAAUGGGGCUGGUCCUGGUCAGCUUGGAAAGAUGGGUGAUCGGGCUCCAGCUGCUGCCACUGGGGGAACAAUUACCCAUCAUUCCAAGUCUGGAAUUGCUCAGGGGGCUGCUUUGGAUGAUGAAAGUGGAAUGGGGUUAGUGGCUGUGUCGGGUGCGCAGCAAGUGGCACAAGACGGGGCAGUGGAACCGAACCGCAGUGGGUCCUGUUGCGCUCAAGAGUUGGCUGCCAUUCCUGAAAUGCUGGCGGGCAGCAAGUCCACCCGGUCUAGCAAAAGAAGGGGCGCGUCAAUGGACGAAUCAACUCUGGAGCGGGCGGAAAGGCUUAAGGCGCGACUGAAUGAAGGUAAUCUACAGGGGAACCUACUGGUGCCGUUCCUGGGCGCUGCUUCAAAGGCAUGAAGCUGCAAAGGAGAAGAUAGUCCAGGCUUGCAGACAUCUGGAGAGAGUGGUGAUGAUGGUGUUUGCGCAUUAUGGAUGGCGUUUCUCCAAUCGCAUUACUCUGUAGUUUUUUGAUGUCUUUGAAACCCUGUGUGGUUUUCCCCUUCUUUCAGUUUCCUAGGUGUUUUGACUCUGUGGUCGUGUGAAUGCUGUUUUAUGUUGUUGUUGGCUCGGACCCUCUACGGAGGAGAAGGCCGGAACUGCUUUUCCAUUAUCUAAAAAAGAUAGAUUCAACGUUGCUUA